AUGGUACGUGUUCUGCGCUUUUAUAUUGGCCUUAGAAUUGCUAUACUAACGAACAAUCACCUUGUUAGCCACUUUUACUACAAGAUUGGUGCGUGCCGACACGGCGAUCGGUGCUCUAAGAAACACAUAAGACCUCUUCAUUCGCCUACUGUACUAGUACCGAAUAUGUAUCGCAGGCCUGAAUCUGAGGGCCCAGAGGCCCAGCAGCGCGACUUCGACGCCUUUUACGAGGACGUUUACAUGGAGGCGUGCAAGUUCGGCGAAUUACAAGCUAUGGUGGUCUGUGAGAACAAAAAUGAUCAUCUCAACGGCAACGUUUACCUCAUGUUCACAAAUUCAAGGGACGCAAAUAGCGCGAAAGACAGCUUUAAUACGCGCUGGUUCAAUGAACGUCCUCUCUACUGCGAAUUUUCACAUGUUUCCGACUUCCGCGAGGCUAUUUGCCGCAAGCAUGAUAUGCGCUCCUGUGAGAGAGGAGAUGAGUGUAAUUUCAUGCAUGUACAACGCCCUACCCGCGAUCUUCAAAGUGAUCUAGAAAGGGCCCAAUGGAAGGAAUACCACAUCAAAUAA